UCCCGGCCCCACUCACGACGGUUCGGACACGGAGCCCCCCGGUCCCGCUGAGGACGGGCCGGGCACGGAGCCGCCCGGCCAUGCUCACAACGGCUCGGGCACGGAGGAAGACACGGAGCUCCGCGGCCCCGCUGAGGACAAGCCGGGCAUGGAGCUCCGCGGCCCCGCUGAGGACCGGCCGGGCACGGAGCCCCACAGCCCGCCGGAGGACGCGGCUGCCCCGCCGGGGCCGGAGCUGUCGCUGGUGCCGCCGGAGCUCCGCGCGCGGCUGCUGGACCGGCGGGACUACCGGGGCCGCGCGCAGGCCGUGGAGCAGCUGCGGCGGGCGGUGGAGGGCUGCAGCCCCGCCGCGCUGGGCGCCGCGCCCGCCGCCGCCCUGCUGGGGCUGAUCGCGCUGCUGGACGCGCUGCUGCACGACCCCAACUUCGCGGUGGCGCGGGGCGCGCUGGAGGUGACCCGGCUGCUGGCGCUGCGCCUCGGCCGCCGCGUCCCCGCCGUGCUGGCCCCGCUGGUGUGCGCGGCCGCCCGGGCGCUCGGCGACGCGCAGCCGGCCAUGCGGCGGGACGGCGCCCGGCUGCUGCUGCGGCUGAUGGCGGCGGCCGGCCCGCGGCCCGUGCUGCGCCUGCUGCUGCAGGAGCGGCUGCUGCGGCACCGCAGCGCCCGGCUCCGCGAGGAGCUGCUCAACGCGUGCAUCGCCGCGCUGCUCGCCUACCCCGCCGCCGAGCUGGACCUGCCCCAGCUGGCGGCCGCCCUGGCGCCGGCGCUGCUGGACGCCAAGCGCAGGGUCCGGCACGCCGCCAUGGAGGCGUUCGCCGCGCUGGCCUCGGCCCUGGGUCCCGGCGACGCGGGCGCGCUGCUCCGCGCCCUGGACGCGGUGGAGCGGCGGGCCGGCGGCGCGGGGGGGGCGCAGGCCGUGCGGGCCCGCCUGGCCAGGAAGGUGCUGCCCCGGCUGGGCGAGCAGGGGCUCGUGGAGUACGGCGUGCCCUUGCCCUCGUCCGGCCGCUGCCGCGGGCCCUGCCCGCCGCCCGGCGCCGACACCGAGUGGCUGCUGAUGGGCAGCGGGAGCCGGAGCGCGCACGGGCUCUGCGCGCACCCCGGCGAUGCCCAGCGGGGAGCGAGCCCCAGGAGGGUCCUGAGCGCCGGCAGAGGCAAAAGCAAGCUGCCCUGGGAGAAGGAGCCGGCUGCGGACGGGGAAGGCGGCUCGGGGGUGAGGAUGCCCGCGGCGAAGGGUGUGGAGCAGCUGGCUGCAGCCAACGAUUCCCUGCACUCCCUGCGGCCCUCGCAGGGGAUCCCAGGCAGUGAUGAGCUGCUUUUCAGCAGGAGCAGAGCUUCCAGGACUUCAUUCCAGCCCUCUGUGGAGCUCACCUCUGAGCACUCUGCCCUCAGUGCUGGUGCUCUGGGCUCUCAUCAGCCCCAGAUUUCAGGGAAAUGUGGCACACUUGGAUACCCACGUGGGAGGAGUGGCAGCGUGGGCUCUGAUUUGCAGUUUUUGGGACUGAAUAACUGGCAGCAGGACAAAGUUUGUUCCAGCCUCAGCUUUUCCAGCAAGACCCAAAGAAGUUUUUGCACUCAGGCAGAGCCCACCAUGUCCUUCCAAGGUCCCAGUGCCAGCCAGGGCACCUUCAUCCUGCCCUCCUUCCCCCUGUCAUCCCCCAGGAACAGCCCCAAGCACCUCUCUGCUCCUGCUGCCUCUGCAGGGAAGUGCCAGGAGGAUCCCAGGAGCCUCUCCAGCUCCUGGCCUCUCAAAAGCUUCCAGGGGCUGCCUAAGCCUGGUUGCCAGAAGCAGCUGCUCAGCCAAAAGCCAGGAGACAACACAGGGGACAGCCCGCUGGAGAAGCAUUCCCUGCAGCUGGAGAAGCCCCCCCUGCAGCUGAGGGCUGCCCUGGGGCUGCGGGGGGCCCGGCCCGUGCCCCCCAUCCCGCGCCUGCCCAGCCCCCGGGAUCCCCCUGGCAGCAGGGAGGGCACGGAGCUGGCAGCAGGGCUGGCAGAGCUGCACCUGGAGCCCGAGGAGGUGGACCAAGAAGAGAUGCAGAAUUCCCUGAGGUCCCUGCGGAGCAGCGCCGCCAAGAAGAGGGCGAAGCUGAGCAGCAGCAUGGCGGAGCUGGAGAGCCCCGACUCCGCCGUGAAACUGGAAUUUCCCGGGGACUGCCCCUCCCUGGGCUCCUCUCCCGGCUCCGGAGAGAGUGGAAUUUCCAGCCAGGAGUCCCUGGGCUCCCCCGUGGCCGCGCUGCCCCCCGGGAGGAGGGUGAUGUCAGACACUUUUCCUGCACUUGGCAGCAAAUCCCAUCCUGCAAAGCCAUCUCCAGCAAGGCCCAGAGACACAGAGGGGGCAGAGCAUCCCCCCAGCACAGGUGUUUUUGGGAGCCCUCCUGCCCCAGCUGCCAGCCAGUCCGUGCCCUGUGUGCCCAAUGGGGAUGCCCAGGGUGCCAGGGAGGGAGCAGAGGCAGCCCCAGGGAGAAGCUUCCAGCAGAACAGCCCUUCCCAUUCCUGUUCCCAUGCAGGGAAGGAAGGAGAGAUAAAAGUGACCUUGUCAAAAUCUGCUCAGGAGAAGCUGAGGAGGAAGAGGAAAGAAGGCAAAGAACACAACCAUAAAGAGCAGCAGGAAGGCAAAGACUUGGAAGGGAAAGAGGAAUUCCCUUGGGAAAGGAUUAGACUGAGUAUGAGUGAGCCAGAGAAACUCACAGCAGAAAGUGAGGAUGAGGGGUUUAGUCUCUGUGGGGAUUUACUGACAUCGCCAAGAAAUGGAUCUUUGUCCUUAGAAAACGUGGCCUUGAACCCUUCCCUGAAAAGAACAUCCAGUUUGAAGAGGUCAAAGUGUUCAUCCUUGCUAGAUUCUGAGGCGCCGGUGACGCAGAGCCCCGAGGUGCUGGACCCGGCCGAGCUGCUGCCCUUCCCCCGGCCCGAGCCCGCCCUGGCAGAGGCGCUGGCACUGCUGGCUGACCACGACUGGGAGAAGAAAAUUGAAGGUCUGAACUUUGUCAGGUGCUUGUCUGCCUACCAUGCCCCUAUUCUGACUGCAAAGCUCCACGAAACAACUCUGGCUGUGGCUCAAGAGGUCAAGAAUUUACGCUCAGGUGUUUCUCGAGCUGCUGUGGUCUGUUUAGGGGAUUUGUUCACCCACCUGAAAAAGAGCAUGGAUCAAGAACUAGAUAAUGCAGUAAAAGUCCUUUUGCACAAAGCUGGGGAAUCCAACACUUUUAUAAGGGAAGAGGUAGACAAGGCACUGAAGGCCAUGGUUAAUAAUGUGACUCCAGCACGUGCACUUUGUUCUCUUAUAAAUGGAGGGCAAAGCCACCUGCACUCGGCCGUGAGGAGAUGCACGGCCCAGCACCUGGGGGACAUCGUGGAGCGCCUGGGCCCCGAGCGCGUCCUGGCCGGCGGCCGGCCCGUGGCCGAGAGGCUGCUGCCUGCCAUCGCCAGGUUUGCACAGGACAGCUCCCAGCAAACACGGUACUAUGGGAGGAGGAUGCUCUUCAGCAUGAUGGCUCAUCCUGACUUGGAUAAAACCCUGGAGAAGUUUGUGCCACCCAAGGAUUUGCCUUACAUUAAGGAAACCGUUGGCAGCCUACGAGAGAAGGGCCUGGGGGAGAUGCCCUUGGAUACACCCUCAGCCAAAGGAAGGCGUUCCCAGACUGGAAAUGUUGGACAUUUGAGGUCAUCCUCUACUUGCAGAGAUGCUGCCAUCAUCCCAGACAGGGACAGCACGGAGAGCCACGAGGCCCCUCGGAGAGCAGCUCCUCGCAGUGCCCUGGAGAGCGAGGAGUACGUCAGGGACGUGGUGGGGCUGCUGAACGCCAAGGAUUUCCGGGAGCGCAUCCGCGGCGUGCGGCGGCUGCUGCUGGACACGGAGAGCAGCCCGGCGCCGGUGCUCGCCAACAUCGUCAGGAUCUUUGAUGCUUUCAAGCCUCGCUUACACGACUCCAACAGCAAAGUGACCCAGGUGGCUUUGGAGGCCAUGCACAAGAUGGUUCCACUGCUCAAAGACAGUUUGUCACCUGUGAUCAACAUGUUAAUUCCUGCCAUAGUGGACAACAACCUCAACUCCAAAAAUCCAGGGAUUUAUGCAGCUGCCACAAAUGUGAUCCAGGCUCUGUGUCGACACUUAGACACCUCCCUGCUCCUGCAGCCAUUCUGCACAAAAGCCCAGUUCCUGAGUGGAAAAGCAAAGCAGGACCUGACAGAAAAGCUGGCUGGUGAAGCUCCAGCGCCGCCGGGACGGGGCGGGAACGGCCCCCGAGCUGGGCACGGUGCCUGAGGGAGCCGGGAGAGCCCCGGAGCCGGGCUGGGCUGGACUGCACCGGGAGAGACGCCGGAGCCAGGCUGGGAGAGCCUGGGGAGCUGAACUGGGCUCUGCUGGGCCGGCCUGAGGGUCUGAACCGGGCUGUGCUGGGCCGUGCUGGGAGAGCUGUGCUGGGCAGUGUGGGGCUGGCUCCCCUCGCUGUCACCAGCAUGGCCGUGGAGGAGCCGCUCCAGCCCAUCUGUGCUUCCCUGCAGAGGCUCCAGCCCGGGACCUGGCCCUGGAUUGCCCGUGAAGAGCGCACGGUCACAUCAGCACUGCGCUUUACAUGGAGAAGUGGAAGAGAGUCCUGGACACAGUGAUGCAGUGCUGCUUGUGAAAAACAUGUAUUUUUGUACCCCCAGAGGCAGUGGUGCAGUAUUUGUUGUCUCAGGGCUGGGCAGUGGGGAGAAUGAACCCUGACCCUUCUCCAGCUGCAGGCUCUGGACACACUGGACAUGGGACACAAUGGGAUAUAUAAAUAAAGGGAUUUAUUUCUGUA